ACCAACAACUAAUACCUAUCAGUAAUAACCCACCAUUUAGGAAAAACGAUGGCUCUCUGACAAAUAUAACAUUGAGCAAGACAAGACAGGAUGAGAUCAAUAACAUAAAAACGAAAAAAAUAAAUAAAGAGAUUUAGCCCUAGAGGGAGAAGCCGAAAUAAGAAGAAGUCUUGAGGGAGUGCUCUGCACUUGUAAGGAGAUCAGUGGUCAUCCAACCAGAGGGUUGUGGGUCAAAUUCCAGUCUCCGUUAGUUAAUAUACAGUACAAGACCUAAGCUCUUCCAAUAGCUGAAAGGACACAUUUGAGUGGUGUUUUUUUUUCUUCUGCUGACCACAUUCAAAUAAAUGUUUAUAACAUACAUGUUAUAAUGGCAAAAUAAUUCUAUAAUAUAAAAAAUCAGACAAUAAUUUUAUCUGAUAUGCGUUAUCUUGAACAUGAAAAAAAAUGGGUUCAUCAGCCUUAGAUAGUCACCGUCUUAUCAGGAGGAUGAGCACAAACAAACCUGGACUUUAAACCUGUUCUUUAAGAUACAAUCAAAAGGAAGACUUCAGAAGAGAGAAAACAAUGUGUAAUUAAACCUGACCAUAAAUACAGAUCUAACUUUAUUUUAUUAUCAUUUAUAUAUAUAUAUGUGCAAUAAAAACACACGCAAAUCUAUAUAUAAAACAAAAUGCGGAUAUUAAAUCAGUAGAGAUCACUGUAAAAACCACUAUCAAUAAGAAAUAAAACAAUAAAGCAGUCACCCCCCCUCGUAGUGCACACCAAUAAAGUAGCACAACAGUUUCACUGGCCAUAAAGGGCUGACGUUCCAUCCUCAUCAACAGCCCGAGGCUGAGCGUGUGUUAAAAUGUUGUUACUUAUUAAACACAACAAUCCCGAUCAAAGUUCCUCGGCUGCAGUCGCUGCUGUCUUGGCGGACAUGUUGACAGCGGCAUCGGGGGGGACGCGUUGAUCUGUAGAACUUCAAAUGGCCUCCGGGGACAAACUGGGGGCGACUGCCGUGCUGAUCGGCCUAUUGGCCACACUGACGGUACAAGCUUUUCCAACAUUCAAUGGAGAUAGUGCUGAUGCGGGAGAACUUAGGGACGACAUCCCUGACAUAAACAGAGGUUUAAACCACUUGUUUGAAGGAGACAUUGCAGGGAAUCCAAGAAGAAAUGCAAUCCUUGACCAAACAAGUAGAUGGAAGUUCCCCAUCCCAUAUAUCUUGAACGAUACUUUAGAACUGAACGCUAAAGGUGUGAUCCUUCAGGCGUUUGAGGAAUACCGCCUGAGGUCCUGUGUUGAUUUCAAACCAUAUGAGGGAGAGUCGAGCUACAUCAUCUUCAAAAAGCUGUCUGGAUGCUGGUCAUAUGUUGGUGAUUACAAGGUGGGACAGGAAUUGUCCAUCGGAGCACGAUGUGACACCAAAGCCAUCGUGGAGCACGAGCUCCUCCACGCUCUGGGUUUUUACCACGAGCAGUCUCGGUCAGACAGGGACAACUACGUGAAGAUCUGGUGGGACCAGAUCGAAGACGGUAAGGAGCACAACUUCAACAAGUACGAGGACGACUUCAUAACUGAUCUGAACACGGCCUAUGACUAUGAGUCCGUCAUGCACUACAGGCCAAAGUCUUUCAACAAGAAUGAGAGCAUCCCCACAAUCACCACCACCAUACCGGAGUUCAAUGACAUCAUUGGUCAGAGACUGGACUUCAGUGCUGUGGACAUCACCAGGCUCAAUCGCAUGUACAACUGUGCCAACACACACACUCUUCUGGACCAGUGCUCCUUUGAGUUGAUCAACAUCUGUGGGAUGAUCCAGAAUGAGAACGACAACGCAGACUGGGUGCAAGUACUGAGUAAUCCUGCGGAACCUGACAAUACCCUGGGGGGGCGCUGCAGAGAUUCUGGAUAUUUCAUGAAAUUUGACACAUCUUCCGGUGCGGUCGGGAAAAGUGCCUUGCUGGAGUCACGUAUUCUUUAUCCCAAAAGAGACGAACAGUGCCUGGAGUUUUUCUACAAGAUGAGCGGAGCUGCUGGGGACAAACUGGUGGUAUGGAUAAGGGCUGAUGAUGGAACAGGGACUGUGCGUCAUGUCAGGAAAAUUCACACCAUCACUGGCGAUGGAGAUAAUGCUUGGAAAAUAGUUCACGUCCCUCUAAAGAUGACCAAAAAGUUCCGGUACUUCUUCCAAGGCAUCAGAGUAUCAGCUAGUUCUUCGGGAGCCAUCUUACUUGAUGACAUCACCCUCAGAGAGGCCAGUUGCCCGAAUGCCGUCUGGCAAAUCCCCAAUUUCACUGCGCUCCUAGCUUCUACAGCUCCUGGCGUUGCGCUCAAAAGCCGGUGCUUCUACAACUCUGAGGGUUACUCCUACAGUAUCGGUGUUUACCCCAAUGGAAGGAAUAAAACAUAUGAGGACUAUGUUGGCUUGACCUUUCACCUCUGCAGUGGGGAAAAUGACGCUGUGUUGCAGUGGCCAGCUGAGAACCGGCAGGUGACCGUGGUAACCAUGGAUCAAGACCCGGAUGUUAAACUUCGGAUGUCUAAUACAAGAAGCUUCACCACUGACAGUUCCACUCGCUGGAACAAACCCACGAAUGACUCAGGAGCAACGUGGGACGAGAGCUGUCGGUGCUACCGUACUUCAGACUACGGCUGGAAUACCUUCAUCUCCCACACACAACUGCACAAGAGAAGUUUCCUCAAGAACAACGACCUCAUAAUCACUGCAGACUUCAAUGAUUUAACACACCUGAUCAAGACUGAGGUGCCCGUUAAAACAGCCGCUCCUAAGGCUGACAUCAAGCAUGAGGAGCUAGUCGGUGAGACGGAAGUUAAGCCACUGGCUGUGAAACACAGAGAAGCCCGUGGAGUUGACCCCUGUCACCCCAACCCCUGCUUAAAUGGAGGCGUGUGUGUGGAGAGAGAAGGAAAAGCCUCCUGCAGAUGUGCUACGACCCAGACAACCUACUAUUCUGGCAAAACAUGUGAGGAACUCAAGACAGACAAAGGCAUCCUGGGAGCUCUGAUUGGAGGUGCAGCUACGACUGUAGUUCUGACCCUCGCCGUCUUGAUUGUCAUCAAGAGAGUUAACCACAACAGACGUUAGAGCAGAGGUACAGAACCCUUUCUCAGACUAGGAUCCACAAUAAUGAUGAAAUAAAAUGAUAUAACUCACAUUACAACAAUAUGAACUCAAUUAAAAAAUAAAACAGUAACACUUUAGCUUACUAAAGCAGACAGUCCACCACAGAUGUGUUUCCUAUGUCCACUCCAAAAAUAUGUUUUGGUUCAAUAAUACUACAGGAAACCCUACUUAACAAGGACUUUUUUUUGACAAUCCCUGGAUAUUCGGCCUGGAUUUUAUUCCAAAUAUCCAAAAUACUGUUUUAAGAGGUUGUUGUAAUCAAGUGAGAGAUUUUUUUGUUUUUAUAACAUAAUAAAACAUUAUUAAAUUAAUUAUCAAUAAAUAUUAAAAAUAAAUAUCAUUUUAAAAUAAUGUUUUUUUAUGUUUACUACACAGGUGGGUGUCAAAUAACAUGAGGACAUUAAUCAACUAGUGUUGUCCCAUGUUAGCUUAUGUUAAAAUUAUUAUUUUUUCUUAAAUUUUAAAACUAAACUUAACGACUUCAAUGUUGAAAACACAAUGCAUAGUGUUUGCAAUCCUCAUGUCAAAAUAAUACAAACAAGCCAGAAUCAUCCGAAACCAUCACUAUUAUUUAUUUAUGCAAGAAAACAAUAUCAACGAAAGACUUUACAGUCCUGACCUAUAUUUAUGUGUCUGAAUAUACAAAUUCCUAUUCCAUAUCAAACAGUGUACACUUGUAUAGACUUAAAAAAUCGUCAUGAGAAUUAUUGCGUAUUAAAUUAAUACGCUAAAAC